UAUGGCACGGCGUGUAGCUCAACGCGGGUGGAAAGCGCGCUCCUCGCUAGUGUCUCGUGGCAGCCGAUAACAACCACCGACCUGAGUAUAAAUGGCAGGCAACUUGUUUCCCGGGGCCCCAGCGCACCAUCACCGCUCUCAACAGUGUGUUAUGGCUGCGCCCCCUCCCGCACCUGCUGGCCAGAACGGCGUUACCAUCUGUCAACUCCUAGCUCGCAACUCGCAUCCGCCGGUGUUGUGCGACCGUGCGAUUACGGAUGCAUCCCCGCGAACGGUACAAGACCAUAUUAGCGAGUUUCACCCCGAGCACCUCGAGGGACAGCGCACCAACUGCGAGUGGCGCUUGAACACAGGGCAUGCGUGCGGAGAAGGGCUCUCGGCGGCUCAGUUGCAUAAGCACAUAUGCAACGUGCAUCUGAGGAUGUUUGCUUGCCAAUGUCCGAAUUGCCAACAGAUGUUCUCCCGACCGGAUGCGCUCAAGCGUCACCUGGCGAACAAGAACAAUGAGUGUGGGGCUUGAGGGAAGGCGUCGAAGGCUGGUCCAUCCCGUUUCGCGCAGUUUAUGUAUUUGUAUGAUGGACCAAGAACUCCGAGUCGAAAAAUGCCAGUGUUCGAAUGCCAGCGUCGAGAAGUAUCCCUCCAAUGUCCUAGGCAAUAAGACGUGCAGUCGCACUAUGUCUCACCGUGACGAUGUUCUUGACCCAUACCGAAUGACAUGAUGGGAGAAGCUUCGCCG